CAUGGGCGCUGGGUGCAGCGUAAACAAUGGUGACCUUGCUUACCAGGGAUUUGGUGACGUGCCUAGCUUCAAAAUAGUCUUAGUAGGUGAUCCCGAAGUUGGUAAGAGCAGUAUUUUUAUGCGUUACUUCUUGAAUCAAUUUGACUACAGCUACAGAACGACUACUUCAGUCAGUAUCGAGAAUGUAGUAAAGAAGCUGAAUGUUCCCGAGCAUAUCAUCGUAUCCGUGACAAUUUGGGAUCUACCGGGCCGUGAGGAGGUGGAUCUGAGGAAGAGCUACUACAAAGAUGUGGAUGCUGCAAUAGUUGUGGUUAACAUUGCUGACAAGGAGAGCAUUGAGCUGGCUGGAACAUGGAGGCAGGACAUCCACAAUCACUCCGUCAUCUCAAAGAAGAAAGUAGAGAAAGAAGGCAAGGUGUCAAAGGUCGUAGUAGAAUAUGAGAAGGCAGACCCUACUCAGCUUCCUGUACUUCUGCUUGGGAAUAAAUAUGACAUUAUAGAGGAACGAGAAGCCUUGAAGGAAACCAGCGAAGACGUGGAAGAAAACCGAACAUCUCAUUCCUCGGAUGUCCUGCAAGAAGAUGACAAUAAACCAAAGAACCUCAUCCUCAGAAUCAACUCAAAAGAUGGAGCUAAAGAAACCGAUUCAAGACCGAUUCAGAAAAGACGCAGCCUGGACGACGAGAAGAGAGAUGCAGAGAAAGAGUACAUCAGCGGUGAUGAGUCGCCGAGGAUGAAGGUGAAGAUGGAGGAUGAAAGAGGGGAGGAGAGGGAUGUCACCGUCUGGAAGUAUGAAGAGGAACAUGAGCCAGAAGUAGAGCUUCCUGAAGAACUAGAACUCCUUGAGGCAGCGGCGGAGCAACAUGGAUUUGUUGGAAGUGUUGCCGUCUCGGCCAAGAACUCUGACGGCGGUGUGGAUAAAGCCAUCCAGGCUCUGAUCCGCCAUCUUCUAGAGAGGAAACUCAAAGACAAAGCCUUGCAGAAGAUGGAGGCAGUGGAAGUCCGGAGACGCAAGAAGAAGAAGACAAAACCCAAGAAGGUUAAUCCCGACGACUUCCAACCUCUUGAGAAGACGGACAUUGAAGAGAUGGACAAGCUAUUUAUGCAGUCCAACUUGAGCCUGAGCAGGAUUCAUGAGACCAGCCUAGCUUACAAUCAGUCAGUGCGGCAGUUCAAGAGAGAGUGCCUGAAUGCUGGACUCGUGGGCAGUCCCAAGAGUUCCAUUGAAGAUUGCAUCGGAGGUUUGAGAGCAGCCUUGCAAGAACUCAGCCUGGAACUUAUGACCCAGGACAAGGAUGGUUUCCUACAGCUAGUAGUCCAAGGUGAAGUCGUCUACGAAGAAGAAAAAUCUGAAGAAAUUAAGAAAGUCAUGGACACUUUCCAGUCAGAGGUUGUAGUAGCUUGCAGUGCCAUUCUUUGUGAUAACCCAAGCUCCGAUGCAGACCUCAUUCGGAUGGACGCUAAGAUCACAAACAGCUGUUCCCACAUGUGGGCCCUCGCCGAGAAGGAGCAGCCACUCAGCCCAAAAGACAAGAAGAAGAUCCAGCACAAGGUGGAUUACAACCGAGCAAGGAUAAGACAAGCUCAUAUCCAGUGUGCACAAAGUCUUCAAGAUGUUGAUGGUCUGUAUAAGAAGAUCAAAGCUGCUAUGUUAUGGUAAAAUCUUUAAAGGCACUGGACACUUUUGGCAAUUACUCAAAAUAAUUGUAAAAACAUAUUUAGUAUUAACAAGCA